CCCGAUUCCAGGCCUCGGUUAGUCGUGCGAGGUGCGAGGGUCGCGCAAGCUCGCAAGCUCGUACUCGAGCUCGUUGCCGCCGCCUCGGCUGACAGCGAGGGGCCGUCAGCACCCCUGGCGCGUAGUCUCCUCCAUCUGACUGAUCGUUCGGUCGUGCUGAAGCGAGACAGAAAGGGGGAGAAAGACAAGACUCAGCAGGAGGAGGACGAAGCGUGACGGUGACGAUGACGCCGGAGGACGAGCAGGACACGCAGUUGGAUUCUUGGUACGCGAGAUAGUGGAGGACACCUGAGGGAUGAUAGUGGCGAUAGUGACCAGUGAUUCCGGCGCGAUUAGAGCAGCUUAAUUGAUCAGGCUCCACGGUCUCAUAGGAUUUGUAGGAUUUAGCAUUUGGAACGAUGGGCUGGGCUCUCACCGGUCUCGGAGUGGCUUUGGUCAUCGUCAUCGCUGCCACGUUCGCCCUUUGCCGAAGAUAUUGCAUCGGGUGGCAAUUUGGCACGAGGAAUGUCUGGAGCGUGUGCGAGGAGUGGAGGCAGAGGCUCUCCUGGCUUUGGGCACCGCGGGAAGAAAAGGUGGGAUUGGUGAAGGCUCAGCAUCCAACCGCUCAGACAAUACCAGGCCUAUACCGCCAGGCUGGAAAUACCUCUCAACAUCUUCUGCAUAGCGAUAGCGACCUCCGGCUAGAUGCGCAAGGCGGUUUCACCAGAUUUGAGGCUGUCGACAGGGAUCUACAUCCGCCUCUCGGCGGCAGCACGAUACCGCCUCAGCCGCUGCGACCCGCUCCUCAACCACGACCGACCGCACGUCCGCGACCGUCUCCACUUCAGACUCCAGGUGCCAUCGACUAUCUCAGAAUGCAGGAAGCCGGUCCCGGCCCGUUGACGCCACCACCGUCGCUACAAAGAGGAGCGAUACGAUCGAGACCCCCCGGUCCGUCCGUGUUCCUCUUUCAGAGCGAACCACCGAAGAAUCACGGCCUCUUCCAGUCGUCGAUCGAGCGAUCCGCCUUCGACGCCGUGUUCGACGACGAUCCCGUGAAAACGAUACCGGAGAGCAUCCAGAUGACACCUUAUGUCGGCCAGAACCACGUGGAUUCCAGAUCCGUCAGGCAAUUCGAGCCACCCAUGAAAGACUCGGUGCGGCUGAAGUACGGCAUAAGUCCUCCCAUGGACAACCGUCACGACGGUCUGGAGAACGAAGACAUCAGUAGGAGUUACGGUAACUACGACAUUGUUCAGAGGAAUCACGUUGCGCGAACGUACGCGAGGAACGAGUCCAGGAGCUUACCUGCUAGCUACAGUGCAACGAACUCAUCAUCAUCAAACGUAGCCAGCCAGAUGAUCAUGGAGUCGAUUUACGGGCCGCAAACGGUCUCCAAGAUGCUCCAGAACAGCGAGGAGCUGAACGGCGAUCUCAACCGGAAGAGCAGUAAUCUGCAGAACAGCAUCGAGAUGACUCCGUUCAAGAGUAUGUCGACGGGUCAUCAGCACGAUAUGGAUCUGUACGGUUUCCAUAGCGGCCUGUCGAAGGCGCAGGACCUCCAACGCGUUUCGCAGUACAUCCAGAGUCUGCCCGACUUGCCCAUCUACGAACCCCUGAAUGAGCUUCAGGCACGUCCGAGUCGAGAGCUGUUCGCGAGCACGAUCCAAGGAGGAGUUGAGACGAAGAUCGCGGGCGAGUCGACCUCGAGUCCGGUGCCACCGCCACCACCCGCACCCCCGGAUCCACCCCAAGAGAUCACGAAGAAGAGCCCGACCACUGGUGAAAGGAUCUUCAGCGCUCUCAGAUCGGUCACUUCGCAGAGCUACAUAGAUGCCUCGGAGUUCUACAAUUCAGUACUUUCUUCAGCUCAACAAAUGCAACGGCUUACUUUUCCAUCGACAUCGCCUUCCUUUGUGAACGACAGCACCGAAGAUCAUUUACAAGACGCCGAAUAUUUGCAAGACAUGCGAGAUAUUUAUGCGGAAACCGAUCCGGAUGUGACCAGUCUGGACGACCCGAGACGAAGUUCCGAUCUUUAUAGCCCUGAACUGAAUCUGGAAGCUCACAGAACAGCACAAGAAGUGUACAACAGUCUACAAGAUCCACCGUCGUCUCCCUUGCUGGUUAAAGAUCACAGUCACGAAUUUUAUACUUACUUAUCAGAUCCAAGUUUUACUCGGACGUCGGAAGACAUUUUUAACAGCCUCGAACAAAGACGUAAAAGCAUCGAAAGACUGAAUGGCAUUCAUGAAUACGCAGAACUUGAUACCGCCGAUCCAUCGAGGAGACGUAACAGCCAGGAACUCUACGCCGCCCUGGAGGAGGUGCAGUUGAAAAGGCGACUUUCACAGGGUCUGGAGGAGUCGUACCUGGGUUACUUGAUGAACGACCACAACAGCACGAGAACAGGGAAUCGUCGAGGUUCUCUGGGCCCCGAGCCGGAACCGCCACCCGACGAAUCCACUCUGAAGAGAGCAAUCAGCUGUGAGAGCGUGUGUUCCGACACCAGCGUGAACCUGAAUGAUUUGGAGGAAGCACCCAUCGUGGGUCACAUUUGCGUCGGACUGGAGCACGAGAGAUGGGGUGGCCGUGGAAGCGACUGCGAGGGUGACCUGGCCGUGAGCGUUCUGGAGGCCAGAGACCUCGUUGCCACUGACGGUUCUCCUGCGGAGGACACUUUUGUUAGAGUGUGUCUAUUACCCGAUCGACAGACCCAUGUGCAAACGAGGAUUUAUAGAGGCUGUCCAUCACCCAGUUACCAGGAAAAAUUCCUGUUUCCUCUCGAUGGCGGACCAGCAGGCAAAACCCUUUUCGUCGAGGUAUUUUCUGAUGAAUCCAGCGUCGGCGGCGGCGCAUCGUUGAUCGGCGAAGCGAGUUUGAAGCUCGGACCCGCGGCAAGGCCGCCAGCUACAACCUGGCUGGCACUCAGUGGACCUGCCUUACCCACCCCACACCUGGGAGAACUGAUGUUCUCCCUCAGUUAUUUGCCAACGGCGGAGAGACUCACCCUCGUAGUUGUUAAAGCCCGCAACUUGCGCGGCGCGACCUCCACUCCGGGCGAUUUCUUCGUUAAGGUAUACCUGCUUCAACAAGGAAAGAAAAUGCACAAAAAGAAGACAUCCGUGAAAAAGGGCGAGAAGAGCCCGAUUUUCAAUGAGGCGAUAAUAUUCAACGUGCCUGCGCACACUUUACAGACUAUACAGCUGAGACUGACCGUGUCAGAAUUGAACGGCGAUCAAGGCACGAGUCCGAAGGCGUAUUCUGUCGGCCACAUCAUCGUGGGAUCUACCUCGACGGGAAAGGCGCUGGCUCAUUGGAGGCAGAUGUUAGCGGCCUUGCGGCGUCCGGUCGCCAUGUGGCAUCCCCUCAGGAAGUAGAAACUGAAUCUUGUAUGCGAAACGAGAAUUCUCUUGCGACGUACGACCGGAACAGCCGUUUCGCGAAGGGAACGCAAGUUCUCUCGGAGCGUACUCUCACUCUUCAAGUACCACAAAGUACCAAGAAGUUUCACGUAGAAUUUUGUGUCACGUUCGCGACGUGCUUGUCACCGAGAAGGGGACUUGCGUGUGUGUGAUCUAAUCUAAAAUAGGAUAGGAUACGAUCUCUGGCGGAGAUGCAUGUUGCGAGCAUCCUAUCUAUCUGCUAUUAAACGUUCGUUCAGAUCAGAUGAUUGCGUGGCGAUACGUGCGACACUGUUAAAAGGAUUUAUAAAAGGCGAUUGGAGAUCGUACCGAAUCGCGAAAUCGAGAAUUCUGAUUAUCGCGAUUAUUUCUUUGGUACGUAAACGACGGGCCAAACACGGGUAGACUCUCAAGCGAACCGCACCAUCGUUUACGUAAUCGUGAGUUCGACAAUCGGGGAGAUUCGAGCGAGUUCUGGCCAAUUGUUGCCUAAUCAAAAAAAAUCCCACGGAUUGCGCGCAAUUAAUCGCAACGACUAAAUCCUUCUCCGAAAUGGAUAGAGAGACCUGCCUGAAAUGAACUGAAAAGCAAAAUUUAUGUGUUCCGUUACAUAUCCCUCUCUCUCUCUCUUUAAGCAAUUAACUGUCUCAGGCAAUUGAUUCGUUUUGGAUCCCUUUUAGGAACUGUAAUCUUCUCUUAGAAAUCGACCUACACUUUGCAUGUAUACUUAAUAUUACUCAACUCGGAAAUCACGUAACUGUCAGGGAAUCGUUCAACUUUCCAUUUAUCAUUCUUGCAAAAUAUUUAUUAUCUAUUUAUUAUUAUUUAUAAUCGGCCAAUCGAUUAAUUAAAAAUGUCACGUUUCAUGAUUCUUUCUACGAUUCUUCUACCUAACAAGCGACGAGAAAUCGAAACUCGAUUGCAGCAUUCGAUGGUGUCGGAACUAUUUUGCUGAAAACUGUUGCAGAAACGCGAUGGUUCUAUUAUAUUCGUGAGAAGAUACACGAUUUACGUGAUCGUCAUAGAUCCCUCAAUAUAUUACAUGUUAAUUCAUUGGACAAUGUCUCGCCUUCGGAAAAUUAAAAUCACAACUUUCGACUAUCAUUAGAGUUUAACUAGAUUAGGUGUAAGUGAAGGAUAAUGUGAAUUAACGUGUAAGUGAGAAGCUAGAGGGUUUCCACAUAAUUAUCACACAAAAAAGUCGCUGCUGUAUGACGAGGAUUCGUAUGCAGCGACAUGCGUGCCUGUUCCUUCGUGAUUUAUACUCCGAGAAUUUGUUAAACGUUUUUUCUAAGUUUGUUACUUGUAGCGAAUAGUAAGAAAGUUUUAAUGCAAAUUUUAUCACAAUUCAACGGUAACCAAGAAUAAAUGAUCAGAUAAUGUCCUCCUUGUAAAAACUAAGCAAAUUAAAAAAGAAACGAAGAGGAUUACUAGGAAUUAUUCUGUAACGUUCUAAAUACCUAAUUUUCGAAAUUAAGGUUGAUUUAAUCAAAAACUUUCUCUUGAAUCUACUUCUUUAUCCACUUUUGUAGAAUUUAAUAAAAGGAGGUAAUUAAAUUUUUUAAUGAAAAUUAUAGAGCAUCUGCUAUUUUAGAAAUGACAUUCAUUCUAGACAUUUAUAUAAUUUCUAAUUUUUUUUUAAUUAGAGAUUUAAUUCGACAGAAUAAAUUCCUGUAAAUUUCUCUUUAAAAAUCUUUUUUUCCUUCGCAGUACGGUGUGCGAUCAGAGGCGUACAGGGGCCAUCAACACACACGUGCAACCUACGAAUUUCCGGUUCCGACACCGUCGAUCGAUCCCGUGUCGCUCGAUCAUUUAUUUGGAAAACGAUUGUUAAGACUCGCACGAAUUAGACACAGCCUUUUGGACCUCAACGCCUAUUCUAUAUCUAUAACUUUUAUACCUCUUCAUAUAUAUACACACACGAUGUGAAAUUCACAAGUCUAAUCUCCGUGCGCACACACAUACAUACGCGCGUGCGUACAUAUAAAAGAAAAGAAGAAAAAAAAUACAUUAAAAGCAGAAUUUUAUUAUCUCUACACUAUAUACUCUUCAUCAUGGAAGCCAACUAUUCCACUCCGCACUUAUUAACUUACGCAGGUUUUUCUAUCACCAACUACUAAUGGGACUAAUAUCGCUCACUUCUCAUUAACUCCAUAAAUUUAAGUAGGCAUUAAGGUGUUCUGCGAACAAUACUUAUAUCUCUUCACCGAUAUUAUAUUCAUAUAUACAUAUACAUAUAUUAUAUACAUAUAUACGUGGUGGUGCGUGAGAAUAAUUCAGGUAAGCUUAGAACCAAUUUGGAGAAAUUGCUGCGAGGCGUUCGCGCGAGGCACAGUGAAUCACGAUGUCUUCAACAAUGAUGAUUUCCGGCAAGAGAAUGACAAGAAAUUAUAUUGCUAUUGUAAGAUGAAUUCAGAAUGAAACAGACAGUCAUUCACAUUUGCGGGACAAAUUUCAAUUUUUUUUUUAGAAAGCUUCUUGCAUUGCAAAAGGCUGUUAUUUCGGUUCUAAACUGUAAUCUUAAAUUGUAAACGGAGUCGUUAAUUUACAAAUUUAUUUUUAUUCACAAAUGAGCUCACAGUUACGUCGGCGAUUAAUUGAUUGAUUUUUUUUAUUGAGACCAGCGCGCGAUGCAAGUGUAACUUGAUGGACCGUACCUAAGAACGGAGCACUGUACAUAAGCGAUCGUACGCACCGCGUACACAUAAUCUGAUAAACAAAUUAGCAUUUAACACUGUUGUAUAUCAGCACAAAACUAAACUUUUAUUCUUAAUAUCUAUGUGCGAUUUGCAUCUGUGCGCGCAUGUCGCGCACAUAUUAUUACAUACGUGUCUGCGUUUGAUAUAUGCGGACACCGUGUGCACAGUGUCACGGGGAAACGGAUGCGGCGCAUUUAAUGUAAAACUGUAGCCAGGGGGCUGCUCCCCAAAGGUGUUUCCUGUGAACCCUAUCUCAAGUUGCGUGUGUGUACGUGUGUGUGUGGCAUCUUUCUCCAUAACGUAACGUAAAGUUGUCACGUAUAUAAAAUAAGACUGGGGAUGCUCAAGAGAGAGUUAUUGCUACCGUACGCCGUUUCCCGGGAUCCUCCUGUGCACAGGUUCAAAGUUAAACCUGAUAUAACAUAAAUAUAUUAUACGCGUAUAUGGAACAAGUUCAGGGGGAGAGACGCGAGAGCUGUUUAAAUAUUUUGCAUCUCGUUUUUCAGAAUUUAGUUUUGUCAGAGGCUAGCCGUAGUUUUGGUAAACGGGAGAGAAAGCGGAAUAAUUAAGCGAAAUUUGCGAGCGGAGUAGAAAAGUAGCGGGAAGGUGGAUAGAGUAAAGUAGCACGAGAAGAGAAGCGGGCAGAGGGUGGUGGAAGCGGCGGUUGUUACGCGAAGAGUGGAAAACAGGGGAAAAGGCACUCAGAAAGAAGGAGAGAAAGGACGCGAGAAUGGGAGAGAGAGAAAGAGAGAAAAUCGAAUGUAAAUGACAAUAAUAGUGCAAAGUGAUUCGUACCACAAAUAGAGCCGGUAACGAUAUCAGUAACAAUAGCUUCUCUUAAUGGCAUUGAUUAAAGAUUAUUUUUAAACAAUUCGUGAUGUCCGCCCAACGUGGAUUACGUCGGAAAUAUUAUAGUAUUCGUCUCAUGUGUUGUAAAUAAUACGCUAAUAAUUAUUAAGUAAUAGCGAUGUAAUAGCGCUCGAUGAGUAUAUUUCCAUGUAAUAUUAUUAUGUAAUAAUUUGUAAUAUUACAUUUGUGGGACGAAUCACGAGACACAUAGCCAUUGCAUGAGUGUAUAAUUUUUAACAACUGAUACACAUAUUCGCAUAUAUACAUCUAUACAUACAUAUAUACAUACACACAUCAUACAACACACAUACAGACGCACGCACGCAAAAUACUAUAAAAUUUAAAUUAUUUUAUAUUUUUGUUACGCCUCUCUGUGAUAUAAUAAGGGCACAUUCACCCCAUCCUGUACAUGUAUGUGCGUUAAUCUUCGUAUCUCGUUGAUUAAAGUGAAAUCUUU